UGCACGCUAGCGCCUCUUUUUUGCGCCCAAUUUUGGCAAAAAAGGAGCUGUCCAACGCAAGCUCUGCGCCUGCGAGGUGUCCAACGCAAGCUCUGUGCCAGCGACAAGCCGGCCGAGCCUCGUGCAUCUCUAGAAAAAAGCUGGAGCUGCGUCUGAUCACUGCCUGGCUCCUAGCCACCGCCGCAGCGCUCGAGCCCAACUGCGCCUCCAACAAAGAGAUGAGUCUCUUCACGAAGAUUAUCCGCAAGGAAAUUCCCAGCUGCAAGGUUGGAGCAGGGGAGCUCUGGUACGCGUUCCUGGACAUCAAUCCGAGACGAGCGGGCCACACGCUAGUCGUCCCCGUCGAAGAGAAGCAGCGCCUCGCCGAGCUGUCGGCGGAGUCGCGGGCCGCGCUCAUGGAGGGCGUCGCGGACGCCCAGCGGCGAUUAGGCAAGGUCUUCGACACGCAGGAUUUCACCGUCGUUUUACACGACGGGCCCCUCGCGGGGCAAGAAGUCCCGCACGUGCAUAUCCACGUGAUGCCGCGCACGAGCGGCGACGGCGGCCGCUGUGCCGGCAUGGCAGCCUUCCCCGACGCGCCGCCCAUCGGCAGCGUCGAGCCGGACUUCGCGGCGCUCGGGGCUCUGUCGGAGAAGCUUCAGGCGGCGUGAGGCAUUGUGUGUCGCGGCGAUGGCCUCGUGGUACGAGUAAGUC